UGGCUGCUGUUGUCGCUACCGAGGAUGGCAAGGAAGAUUGCGUUUUGCAAGGAAACCAUUCUGUGUAAUAGAUCCUUCGUAUGGUGCGCAUGGACCGAAGAGGAGGGACUUGGAAAUUAUUAGGUUCAGUAGUUUAUGCACAUAGCAAGGAAUUGAUCACAGCCUGGUACAUAGGAUUUUUAGUACUUAUCUUUUCCUCUUUCCUUGUCUAUCUGGUGGAAAAAGAUGAAAAUACCCAGUUUUCUACGUAUGCAGAUGCUCUCUGGUGGGGCACAAUCACAUUGACAACAAUUGGCUAUGGAGACAAAACUCCUCUUACUUGGCUUGGAAGGCUGCUUUCUGCUGGGUUUGCUCUACUUGGAAUUUCUUUCUUUGCACUACCUGCUGGCAUUCUUGGCUCAGGCUUUGCAUUAAAAGUACAAGAACAGCAUCGUCAGAAACAUUUUGAGAAAAGAAGGAAUCCAGCUGCUAGUUUAAUUCAGUGUGUAUGGCGUAGUUAUGCGGCUGAUGAGAAAUCGGUUUCCAUUGCUACCUGGAAGCCUCAUUUGAAGGCCUUGCAUACCUGCAGCCCUACAAAGAAAGAACAAGGGGAAACUUCUAACAGUAAGCUUUAUAGUAAUAAACAGAAGCUCUUCAGGAUGUACAGCUCUCGGAAACAUAGCCAGAAGUUAAGUUUUAAAGAGCGAGUACGAAUGGCUAGCCCAAGAGGGCAGAGUAUUAAGAACAGGCAGGCAUCAGCUGGAGAUCGACGAUCACCAGGUACUGACGUUACUGCAGAGGGCAGCCCAACCAAAGUGCAAAAGAGCUGGAGCUUCAAUGACCGAACUCGUUUCAGACCUUCGCUGCGUCUGAAGAGUUCUCAGCCAAAACCAGUGGCAGAUGCUGACACCGCUCUUGGAACAGACGAUGUUUGUGAUGAGAGAGGAUGCCAAUGUGAUGUAUCAGUAGAAGAUCUCACGCCAGCACUUAAAACCAUCAUUAGAGCUAUCAGAAUCAUGAAAUUUCAUGUUGCAAAGAGAAAGUUUAAAGAAACAUUGCGUCCAUAUGAUGUAAAAGAUGUAAUUGAACAGUAUUCAGCUGGUCACCUUGAUAUGUUGUGCAGAAUAAAAAGCCUUCAGUCCCGCGUUGACCAGAUUCUUGGAAAAGGACAAAUCACAACAGAUAAGAAAAGUCGAGAAAAGAAUACUGCGGAGAAUGAGACAACUGAUGACUUUAGUAUGUUAGGGCGUGUAGUCAAGGUGGAGAAGCAGGUACAAUCCAUAGAGUCAAAACUGGACAGCCUGUUAGAUAUAUAUCAACAGGUCUUAAGGAAAGGAUCUGCAUCAGCGCUCACUUUGGCUUCAUUUCAAAUGCCAUCUUUUGAAUGUGACCAGACCUCUGAUUAUCAAAGUCCUGUAGACAGCAAAGAUUUAUCUAGUUCUGCACAAACUAGUGGAUGUGUAUCCAGAUCAGCUAGUGCCAACAUGACUCGUGGCCUACAGCUUAUACUGACACCAAAUGAAUUUAGCACUCAGGCUUACUGUGCUUUUAGUCCAACUAUGCAUAGUCAAGCAACACAGGUGCCAAAUGAUGAACCUGCAACAGUAAUAACUAAUAACACAUCAAACCAAAUAAACCAGGCAACUAAGCCAACAACACCAACAACGUUACAAAUACCACCUUUCUCCUCAGUCAAGGAUGCCAACUGGCCUGAGCCUCUUCAUAUUAUUCCUGCAACCACACAGGAAAAUAUUUCUGAUGUCACCGCUUGCCUUGUUGCUUUAAAGGAUAAUGGACAAGUUGCACAGUCCAAAGUAACAAAGGAUCUUUCCUGGAGAAAAAACCUUGAUACAGAAGGAGAACCCUUGGUCUCAGUUAAACCAGUGGUGCAAAUGGAUUUAGGAAAAUCUUUAUCUGUACAAAACCUUAUACAAUCAUCCGAAGAACUGAAUGUACAGAUUGCUGGGAGUGACUCCAGUGGCUCAAGAGGGAGCCAGGAAAUGUACUCCAAAUGGAGGGAGUCAAAAUUAUUUAUAACAGAUGAAGAGUUGGAAGCAGAGACAAAAACAGAGGCUUUUGAAAGCAUCUCUCGCUCAUUAGUGGAAACAACUCUUUCUACUGACUCUCUAAGGACUGGAAUAUCAAGAUCAUCUCAAAGCAUUUGCAAGCCAGGGGACAGUACAGAUGCACUCAGCUUGCCUCAUGUCAAACUUAAAUAACAAUUUAUGGGUUUUCUUCAUUGGCUGAGUAAUUCCUUUAGUCAUACAUAUCAUAGCAUGAACUCUUUUUAAAGUCUUUUUAAUAAGAUAAAAUUGCAAGAAUCAGGAAGAAUCUGAAAGGCAGUUGUAUGAGCCCAUAUCUUCUAGUUGCAUGAAAAUGCAUGCUUAAGUGACAGCUAAAAUUCAGAUUUAUACCUAAUGUACAUCACUUUUAUGUAGUACAGUAGGUGUAAAUAAUGAGUAAUCUACAAAGUUAAUUCUGCAGACUGUCAGAAAGCAAAGAUCUGAGCAUUUAGAAAUAGGGUUGUUACUACAAUACAGAAGUAAAAAUCGUAAGAUUUAAAGCACUUUGCUUCUGGAUUAAUUAAAAAUAUAUAUGUCCUGAAUUAGACAAUAGUUUAUGUUUACAAGAAAAAUAUUAUCUACAGCUGCUAGCAAGGUACCGAGGAAACUAGUAAUAUGGGACUAAAAAUGGCUGCUAGUUGCAAGAUACACACAUUAACUCAUCAUUCAUCAGUUAUUUUAACACUCUCAGCUUUAGAAUGUUAAUUUCUGUAAUAUUUUUGGUGAUUUAGUGCUGUGGCAAAAUACUUUGCACACCACUUUCAGGUUGUUCUUUAUGAUAAGAACCUUCUUUUGCUAUGAAAUGUACAAAUUCAAAGGAUAAGGGCUGGCCUUAGAGAUGGAUAAUCUGGACUACUGCACCAAAAAUUCAGGGGCAGCUUUCCUUCCCCCAAACUUGCUGAUAUCACUGAUGUGUCCUUCCCGUGGAUCUGAAGCAUUCUGGAAGCAGAAUCAACAGGAGAGGAGAGGGCGCUGCCUUUAUUAUAAAAGCAAUUCUUCUUUCUGUCCUGAAGGUGGCACUAUGCUUCACAAUUGCACUCUGAUACUCCAUGAUACUGUGUCAGAAGUCUGUGAAGGAAGUGAAAAUGGUAACGUGGGAUAUUGAAAGCACAGGGUAAAACAACGGGGAUAAGGGAAGAGAGAGAGACUACAGAAGGGGUGAAGAGGAAAAAAAAGAGAGACAAUAUGAUAAGCAAAGGAGAAUAUGAAU